AAAGUACUGGGUGCAUUGCGGAGCGUACAAGCUUUGGUUUUUCAUUGUCGCUCCUUUUCCACCGCCAUGAAGAAACAAAGAGUUCCCCUUUAAUCGAUCGUUUUUUGGUUUUCCUCAUUGCCUUUUGCUGGUUUCGCAUGUCUUUCUUUGCUCUCAAUUUUUCGUUCACAGCGAAUCAAAUUAACCAUAUAUACCUAUGUAUCUCCAAAAUUAGCAUUUCUUUUUUAUCUGUACCGUAAUUUCUCAGCAAUUUAGUUCCCCUUUCGUUUUUGUUUUUCCGUAUCUGGGUUUUGUUUACCGUGUCCUAUUUGUUUGAGUUUCGUUUUGAUUGAAGUUGCAUCAAUUUGUUGUGUGUGUUUCUUCGUAUCCUAUUUCGUUUGAAAGAUUGAUCUUUGACGGCGAUAUGGAAUCACCAGCAGGAGCAGCGGCAGAAUUUGAUUAUUUGUUUAAGUUGUUGAUGAUAGGAGAUUCCGGGGUUGGGAAAAGCACCCUUUUGCUCAGUUUCACGUCUGAUACUUUUGAAGAUCUGUCUCCUACUAUUGGAGUGGAUUUCAAGGUCAAGCUUGUCACAGUUGGAGGGAAAAAAUUGAAGCUUGCAAUUUGGGACACCGCUGGACAGGAGAGAUUUAGGACCUUGACUAGCUCUUAUUACAGAGGAGCUCAAGGAAUCAUCAUGGUUUAUGAUGUGACACGGAGAGAUACCUUCACAAACUUGUCUGAUAUUUGGGCUAAAGAAAUUGACCUCUACUCAACAAAUCAAGAUUGCAUCAAGAUGCUAGUUGGAAACAAAGUUGAUAAGGAGAGUGAAAGGGUUGUAAGCAAAAAAGAGGGCAUAGACUUUGCGAGGGAGUAUGGUUGCCUUUUCAUAGAGUGUAGUGCCAAAACACGAGUCAAUGUGGAGCAGUGCUUUGAGGAACUUGUGUUGAAGAUAUUGGAGACACCCAGUUUGUUGGCCGAGGGCUCAGCUGGUGUGAAGAGGAAUAUUUUCAAACAGAAACCUCCUGCAUCCGAUGCAUCCGCUAGCAGUUGCUGCUGAAGCUCUUUCUCCUUUGGCUCAAUUUCCUGCCAGUGUAAUGUUAUUUGUUUUGUCCAACUCCUGGAGCACGUGCAGUUGUUAUCACUAGCAUGAACACCACGCACCGUAGAUUCGUCUAAAAUGGCUCAGAACAGAACUCGGGGGCUUUGUUUCUUGCUGCCUAUAAUCAUAUAUUACUAGCUCAAUGUUUUAUUGACUACGAUCCCCUGGUUGUUAUUUCCCUAUCUUACUGCAUCAUUCCAACUCUCUAAUAGUCAUACACUCAAGUUCCUCUAUCAA